GUUGAUGGGGUUCUGCACAACAAACAGCUGUUCUCCUUCCUGUAGUAUGGAUGGAUGGAUAUAGGCACAAACAGAAACAGUUCCUGCGGGCGACCGAUGCCCGUAGACGUCGGACGAACAUGGCAGAAGAGCAGGGCUGGCAGGCGGGAAGUGAGGCUGGCGGCGAUGGUCGUGGAUAGAAACGCAUCGAAGACUCGGACGGGGCUUGGCGACGGUGCAGCCCUUUUUUGCCCUGCGCUUGGGCGGUUCAGGGCAGUUCAGGGUCUGUUGCCCGCCAGUGCUAGCAGCAGUAAUAAUGCUAGCGCUCCCCCAUAAUAAUCAUCGUAAUGUAGUAGAGGAAAACCAACCGCGAUCAAAUAAUCCAUGACUUUGACUUCCCGUUCACAACUUGAACUUGGUUCUCAACCACAUUCACUUUCCUGACGCAGGUUGCAGAAGAGAGAGACCAGAAACCAUCCUCAUUAUUCUCACUGUUUGCCUGUGCAAUCACUUCCUCCGACCAACUGCGCUCAUCAUCUCACCUAUCAUCCAUCCCUCUCUCCCACCCUCCACUUCUUACGUCGCCUCUCCUCGGUCGCAGUAGACGCCCACCUUUUGCCGUUCACUACUAGUUCGACAGCCGCGUCCAUUCCCGAGACUCCAACCUCCCUCUGCGACCCUGCAUCUUCAACAAAACUACGAGUCCUCUCUUGACCAACACUCCAACUACUUCCUGGGUGUCGUUGCGACAGUUGUAGAACCAGACGUUCAAUAUGGUAAAAGAUACAAAACUCUACGAGAUCUUAGGCGUGGACCCCUCUGCUUCAGAAGCCCAGCUGAAGUCAGCCUACAAGAAGGGCGCGCUCAAACACCACCCAGACAAGAAUGCCCACAACCCAGAAGCUGCCGAGAAGUUCAAGGAACUUUCCAAAGCCUAUGAGGUGCUCUCUGAUCCUCAAAAACGAGCAAUCUACGACCAAUAUGGCGAGGAGGGACUAGAGCAAAGUGGCAUGGGCGGCGGUAUGGCCGCUGAAGAUCUCUUUGCACAAUUCUUUGGCGGCGGCGGUGGAUUUGGCGGCAUGUUUGGAGGUGGUAUGCGUGAUACCGGCCCAAAGAAGGCCAGGACCAUUCACCAUGUUCACAAGGUCUCCCUGGAAGACAUCUACCGUGGCAAGGUUUCCAAAUUGGCCCUGCAAAAAUCAGUCAUUUGUCCAGCCUGUGAAGGCCGUGGCGGCAAGGAGGGUGCAGUCAAGACUUGCACCGGUUGUAAUGGUGCCGGCAUGAAGACCAUGAUGCGUCAAAUGGGCCCUAUGAUCCAACGGUUCCAGACUAUCUGCCCUGACUGCCAAGGAGAAGGCGAGAUCUUGCGUGAGCGUGAUCGCUGCAAGCGGUGUAUGGGCAAGAAGACGAUUGUGGAGCGUAAGGUCCUUCAUGUGCACGUCGACCGUGGUGUCAAGAGCGGGCAUAAGGUCGAAUUCCGCGGCGAGGGUGAUCAAAUGCCCGGCGUGCUCCCAGGUGAUGUGGUGUUUGAGAUCGAGCAGAAGCCGCAUCCCAGAUUCCAGCGCAGGGACGACGAUUUGUUCUACCACGCCGAGAUUGAUCUGUUGACAGCACUGGCGGGCGGUCAGAUCUUCAUCGAGCAUCUUGAUGACCGGUGGAUCACCGUCAACAUCCCGGCGGGCGACCCAAUUACUCCUGGCAUGGUCAAGGUGAUCAAGGGACAAGGUAUGCCGACGUACAGACAUCACGACUUCGGCGAUCUCUAUGUCCAGUUCGACGUCAAGUUCCCGGAUAAGACUGAACUCCAGAACAUCCACCUGCUCGAAUCGGUCCUGCCGCCGCGCAUGCAACAGAAGCUGCCACCGCCGGAUUCAAUGGUCGAGGACUUUGAAAUGAACGAAGUCGACGCUCGUCAACAUGCACGUGCCCACGGGGCCCAUCUCGACGAAGACGACGAUGACGUUCCGCAGGGUGCAGAGCGGGUACAAUGUGCAUCGCAGUAAACAAGGAGAAACGCGUGCAGAUCAUCUGCUCGAUGACGGCAUGUGAAACGAAGCGCAGAAGACACGAAGCACGAACCGGCAAGCUUUGACAAAUGUGACCGGGAUGACUUGAAAGUAUGCUGUGCUAAUGGGCUUCGAGCUUUCUUGCGAACAGCAUUAGCAAGCGUGGGGUAUGAUGUCCUUCAGGUUUCAUUCUACAUGGAAUCACCUCAUCAUUCAUCAUCGACCAAUUGGGGAACUCAGCAUCGUGAUCGGCGUUAUUUCAGGAUCGGCAAGGUUCAUCUCAUCCGGCGUUUUUGCUAUGGUCUUGUCGUGGAGUCGGACCUGUGUUAAAUCUUCCAUACAACAUGGUUACGCGCGAGGCCUGGCUCAUCGGCCUGCCUGGCUGAUACCAACGCGAAAAUGUGUCUCAGUGCGUAAAAGGGCAUAGACAAUCGACAGCUAUUGCUUUUGCUCGCGGAAGCCUUGAUUUUUGAUUCGCAUGGGAUAGACUGGUCUGCUUCGAUCUAUGAAUUGAUGGAACGAACUGACGAACGACGGUUAAACCUGGGCAGUCGUACCUUUGCGGUACGGGAGCCUGGUCAUGCAGUGAUUAAAUGGGCAGUUCUUAUUGUCUUUGCAUUGGCAUUACUGGUUCCAAAUCAUGCUUCCUCUUGUUUCUCGAUCCUCUGCGCGUCACCACUGUAAUAGCCGCGACUGGCAUUCUUCACGAGUAAAGGGGAAUAUCUAGUCCGUGACGGAUCGCACCUGUGUCUAUAGAAAGCAAGUAGUGGCAGUCAGGGUGGUUGCUGUACCAGUAGUUGUUGCGGUAGCGAAUGAUAGUCAACAACA